GUAGGUUGAUGGGAAGGUAGCAAAAUGGCGGCGUUAUCUGCACGUUGUAUUAGAUCAAUUGCUCGUGUUUCGGUGCAAAUAUCGAAAACAGCUUUGAAUGCGAACAGCGCGACACAAGCAAGAAGUUUGUCCUCUGCAGUGGGAAAGUCCAUUCUUCGAGACUGUGGAUUACUCAAGACGAUAGCAAGGGAUAAUGUAGUUGGAAAACUUGCCAGGAGACACACAAGAUUAUCAGCAGCAGUUAAUCAAAUAUUGUUUACAUCUGUUGUGGAUAUGAUGUGUGAAGAUGAGGAGGGAAAUGGUGAUGAUGAUAUCACCAUGUCAGAACUUGUUACUGAUGAGGAUGAAAUAUUGAAAGUUUCGCGAAUGAAGUGCUUUUAUGGGCAAUGCGUCAUAUUUUCUGAGCUUAACAUAUUGAAAAAGUUUUAUCAUCGCUCCACAAUUAGUAGCAGGCUCUGAUUUUAUCUAUGGUUGAAAGACAGUAAGCAACUUUAUUUUUGGUUU